AUGUACACUUUCACAAACAUUUCAAAGUCAGUCUUCGGCAAAGCUCAGUCCGCUACCCCUUCUCAGCCGACAGAAGUCACUCUUACCAUCACCUUGGAGCACUUCGAUAAUCCAUCACUACCAAAGACUUUCGCAACAGGGGAUGAAAUUGGAGGCUAUGUUAGCAUGGAAAUGCCUGAGACCACAGAAUUCGACGCCGUUUCCAUUACCCUCGAAGGAACGGUCACGACGUUUGUGAGGCCGCCCUUGCUGUCUCCGGGGGGAAAUAACCGCGACCACAAAAACUCGCAGACCUUCCUUACCCUGAAAGAGCCCGUGGACAGGUGGGAGCUCCGUAGAAUCAAUACAAACGCUAUUAAAUGGUUUUACCAGAUCCCGUUCAGGUUCGAGGUACCACCAGACCAAAGGAAGCCACGCGAGUGGCAGGCACAUUUGAGAGAGAGCGUGAGACAUGCUCAGCUGAAGAUUCCACCAAGUCACGAGAAGAACUCAGUCCCCAGCACGGCCCCGAACAUCGCCUCGAUCUCAUACUGCAUCAAAGCGAAGCUCUUGAAAUAUGGUCCGCAAGAUGGUCCAGAAAACCCGCUUGGAGAAACAUCACGGAUGAUAAGAAUGGUGCCCGUCGUCACAGAAGAGCCUCCCUUACCCAUUUGCAGCACACUAGGCAAAGAAAGCAUUGCGGCGGCGACCGCAUAUCUGGGGGGAAACGCAUGGACUGGUAGUCAGGGGAAGAUGGAGAUGGAAGUGGCGCAGCCAAAGAGCUUGUGCGUGCCGGUCUCCACAGGCUAUGACACUUGGCAAAAGGAAUCCGUGGAGACGAGGGCAGAGAUGAAGUUGAGAUUCGAGCCGAUAGAAGUGAACGGCAUGCCCCCUAAGCUGACCAGAAUCACGGCCAAGCUUCGGGCGGCAACACGAGUGUCGAGUACUUCAAUGUCUGACUGCCCGUACCGGAUCGGUACCAGAGCGGACGGCACUACCGACGGACUGUCUGUUGAAACCAUCCCACUGGUUGGGGGGACGGUCCAAGAAGUCAAGUGGCACCGGGACUUGACCGGGCACAAGCGAGACGCGAUGUCCUCUGACCAAGCCGGGGGCCGCAGACAUCUCACGACUGUUCUCCCAUUACGUCUGGUCCUGCCUCUGCAGAAGCAGUACCUUCCGACAUUCCACUCGUCUCUGAUCUCCCACUUUUAUGUUGUCGUCCUUGUCCUGAGCUUCCGGAUGCAUGGGGAUAGCAUAUCGCCGAAGAAGGAAUCGAUGCGCCUUGAAGUUCCCAUCCAGGUCUCAUCCGAGCUCUUUGUCAACAGGGACUCGCACUUUUCCGACGACUCGGAUGGCGAGGGGGAAUGA